UGCAAAUAAUCUUCAGUAUUCAUCGUGAUUUUGUUUUGGAUAGGAUUCAACAAAGAUAAUCCAAAAUGUUUUCUAAGGUCUUGUGCUUCGCGGUUCUCGUAGCUGUGGUGGUGGCCCAAGAAGCAGAGCAUGGACACCACGGCCACGGUGUGGCUCGGUCGGAAGUACACAUCAAGACGGUGCAUCAUGGACAUGGCCCGCACCAUUGGGUGGAGUCGCAUGGCCAUACGGAGCAUGGCCAUCAUGGCCAUGAGCACCAUGGACAUGCCCGCUCGCAUGUACAAAUCUCGCGUCAUGAUAGCGGGCAUGAACACCAUGAACCCGAACACCAUACUCAUCCCAAGUACGAAUUCGAGUACCAUGUGGAAGAUCCGCACACUCACGACAAGAAGAUGCAGCAGGAGCAUCGCGACGGCGACGUCGUGAAGGGCCGCUACAGCCUGCACCAGCCCGACGGCCACGUCAGACAUGUGGAAUACCACGCUGACAAGCACGGAUUCCACGCAGACGUUAAAUACAGCCAACAUCAUGUACUAGAUCUCAUACAUCAAUUACCAAUUCAUAUUCGAACGUUCAACAUCCUUAAUUUUAUUUUUAAAAUGUAUUCUAAGAUAUUCAUGGUUGCCGCUACCCUGGCUGUAGCUCUUGCUCGACCACAAGAAGGGCACGGGCACAAUGAACAUGGACACGCGUACUCGUCUCAAAGCAUCGUUUUACACCAGAGCCACGGUCAGGAGCAUGGACAUGGGCAUGGGCAUCAGCAGCUUGGUCAUGUUCAGCUUGGCCAUGUGCAACUUGGCCAUGUCCAGCACGAGCCCGUGCAUCUAGUGUCAUACCACGAGCCCAUUCACACUGAGUCACAUCACACUCACCACCACGCCGUCUCUUCACAAAACAUCCAGCGCCACGACGUGCCCGGCAAGGCGCCCGAAGGCCACCACGACUACUACGCGCACCCUAAAUACGAGUUCGAGUACAAGGUGGAGGACCCGCACACCGGUGACCGCAAGUCCCAGCACGAGUCCCGCGACGGCGACGUCGUGAAGGGCUACUACAGCCUGCACGAGGCCGACGGCACUGUCAGGAUCGUGCAUUACACUGCAGACCACAAGACUGGAUUCAAUGCCCAGGUCCAGCGUGAAGGUCACGCCAAGCAUGUAGUACCGGCUCAUCAUCAUUAAUUUACGUUGUGGUUUCUAAACUACAUAUUUUUGAUUUGUGUUUAUGCUUGUGAUACCU